CUGAGGGGAAACCAGCAGAAUCCACACAAGGACUUACAAAGACUCGGGGAAUAUCACUCAUUUAAUCGGACUGGUGGGAGACGGACCAGACUUGGACCCAAGCUCUGUACUUGUAAAUUGGUUGAGAAAGUAAAUGUGAGGAACAUUUUAGAAGGUGGAGAAGAGUUCCAGCAUUUUUAAUUGAUAGUGAGCAUUGUUGCUGAUCUGUGUUCCACUCACUGGGGAAACCUUUCCUGGGACCCGCAGGGAUAAUCUCCUGUGAAGAAAAGUCUUCGGCACAAGCUGAUCUCUCGGAAAAACGUCUUCUUUGGAUCUCGGCUGAAAUCACAGGGACUGUGCCCUGCUGAACUGAUAAGCUAAUCAAUACCUGGAAAAAUCUCGGCUCACCACUUUUGUAACCAUGAAUGAGGAAAAUGAGAGAGAACAAGACAAAGACUGGCAUGAACUUGAACCAAACUACCCAAUCAAAAUAUCCCUGACAAUACUGUACAGCCUCAUCCUGGUGACGGGUAUUGUGGGUAAUUCGGUCACUAUCAGGGCGACCCAAGUGUUGAGGUGUAAUGGCUACCUGCAGAAGAGUGUGACCAGCCACAUGGUUAGCCUGGCAUGCUCUGAUCUCUUGGUGCUCCUCAUAGGCAUGCCGGUGGAGCUCUACAGCGCCAUCUGGUUCCCCUUCGUAUCUGUGUCGGGUGAUGCGUCUUGCAAGAUUUACAACUUUUUGUUCGAAGCUUGCAGUUAUGCCACCAUCCUUAAUGUAGCCACGCUUAGCUUUGAGCGGUACAUUGCCAUCUGCCACCCUUUCCGCUACAAAAGCUUGGGUGGAAAACGUACCUCUGUCCUCAUCACCUUGGCCUGGCUGGUGUCUGUGCUCGUGGCCUUGCCUCUGCUGGUUGCCACGGGAACACAAGGAUACAUCCCACAUCGCUCAGACACACCUGUCCAGAAUCUGACUUUCUGCACCAACCUGAGGGAGUACUGGGUGAUGUACAGGGUCAGUAUUUUCUUGGCUUUCAUCGUUUACAUGAUUGUCCUGAUCUGCGUGGGCCUCAUGUGCCGGGCGAUGAUCCUGGUCCUGAGGAAACCCAUGGGGUCUAUACAUAAAGGAGUGAAUGAAACUCUGGAGCCAUCCAAACAUGAGAGUUCAACAAUCAAGACAGCAAGGAAGCAGACAAUCAUUUUUCUGGGUCUCAUCGUGGGAUCCUUGAUGGUGUGCUGGCUUCCCAACCAGAUCCGUCGUCUCAUGGUGGCAGCUGUUCCCAAGGACGACUGGACUAACUUCUUCUUCCGAAGCUACAUCAUGCUCCACCCCGUGGCCGAUACUUUCUUCUACCUCAGCUCCGUCAUCAACCCGUUCCUCUACAAUCUUUCCUCCCGGCAGUUCAGGAAGGUGUUUCUGCAGGUGCUCCGGUGCCACCUCACCAUCGAGCACAUCAACAAGCGUACCGUGGAGCGCUCCCAUGCUGCCUCUGCGCGUUCCCUCCAACCGCUGCUGCUCAAGUCGCUGCGUCGCAACAGGACAAGUCGUGUCAGUCUCCCACAAGAGAAAAUACCCCCCUCCUUUACAACAUUUCAGGGGCAAAGUGACUCAGGGGUGGCUUCAGAUGGUCAGAUGUUCCUCAGCCUGACUGAAGAGGCAGAUUCAUCUCUCAAAACAACCAUAGAUGUACCAUCAGAGACUGAAAUAUAAUGUGCUGUACAAUUUAAUGCAACACAGUUAGCAGUGAAAACAAACAUGGCUCCGACAGUAAAUCCUCGAUGUGUCACCACAAACAUGUACAGUACAGCAUACAAAUAUCCCUUAAACAAACAGAUGAUAGGUAAAUAUUUUCCUUCACAUUUCAGUCAGAUCAUGGUCAGUUGACAAAAGUUAGUGUUGUACAAAUCUUGAUGGAAGAACUUUAAUAAUUAUAAAGUCAUAGAAUGAUAAUCCCAAAGCCUAUACAGUUAAGCAUGACAAUGUGACCACUACUGAAUUACACUCCCUUCCCAGUGUACUACUGUUAUACAAAGAAGUCGUGUAAAAUAAUCUUUAACAGACAAGCUGAAGAAUUAACAUGUUUUUGUAAGAAAAUUCCAGACUUAAGCCACUUUCAAAGGAAAAGGAAAACAUUGGCAAAGUCUUUUAAUCUGCAACAUUUCACUAAACCUCUGUAAAUGCAAGUCACUUUUACAAUUUAGUUUUACCAACCUUUUCCAAGUUCAGCAGAUCACAUCACCUUGCUUGAAUAUGAACUAAUCGUGAUGUACAUACACACCAUGUUUACACUACAAAAGCACAUACAUACAUUUCUUUUUAAGCAAACUCAAAGAUCACUCUUUCUUUUCUGGAUCAGGUUUCUGGUCUUCUUCUGGUGUUCCCUUGUUGUUAUCACAAGCUUGCUGGUAAAACAGAGUAAUGGUAAAAUGAAACAGCAGUAAUGUGUGGGAGUUACCUUUUCCUUUCUGCUUCUUUAAACACAACAACAUCUGUAUAAUGUCUGAUCACUGCUUGAACAGGGAAGUUUAUGUCGAUGGCAAUGAGUCACACAACUUACCAACACAGCCAACGGUGCUUCCUUCUCUCCACAAGACCUUUUGUACACUUUCCAUUUCACAUUGCCAUCCCCGCUGAUCUGAGGAGGUGGAGCUGUGAAAUAACUGUGGGCUCCUCUGGAGCCAUUUGACCCGUUAAUUAUGCUGACUGCUGGAUUUCUACUGAAAACAAAGUCCAGACAAUAGUACCUGCUUCAUCUACUGUGAGACAGAGAAGACUUAUUUGUCACAACAGCUUACGUUUAGUUCCUGCAGAUGUUUAAAAAAUCCUCAGUUGUUAAGCUGACAUCUGAGAUUGUGCAAUUUUUACUAAAUGUAUCCAUCUCACCAGCAAACGGGCGAGUUCAUCUGAAGAAUAGCUGACGACAUCUGCCUUCAAAAGAGUGUAACGUCAGCAGUCCUUGGAUCAGAUCUUUAUGCUUUUAUUGAUGACGUAAUUGCUUUUGGAAGAAUUUUGGUCGGAAGAAUAAAUCCACUUCAUCUGAAGAUAUUUUUGCUUUGUCUGGACUUUAUACUGUAUCAAAGACUGCAUUACAAGUCAGUCAACAUGAAACCAUUUCCAGCACAGAUUGGGCAAAUUCUUCUGCUGGUAAGCAAAUCUAUUUCUAAUUUUGCUGCCUUUUAACACAAUACUACCUAAAGCAACGUAUUCUUAUAUGAAUACGUUAGAAUAACUAUACCCUUAUCAGCAAUAUUAACACAUUUAGGGCCCGAUUUACUAAGAUCCUAAAUAAAGAGUACUAAAUUGCGUGUGCACUGAAAAAGUUUGCACGUGCUGUUGUUGUGUGUUUUGCGGGUGAUCAACUAAGAUUGCGUGCGCAAUUGAUAACAGGUGCAAACAGCAGUAUUUAAAUGAGGUGUUGCGUGUCUUACGGUUUGCGAGCGCAAAAGGAAAUUUGACGAGUUGGAGUUAGAGAUAUUAGUGGACGAGGUAAAUUGUUGUGCCGUAUUCAGCACCCCUGCCGUGAAAAGCACCCCCUCAGGCACCAACAAGCAUCCCUGCGUAAUGCUGGGGAGAUUAGCACCUUCCUUUCGAACGUAUUAAAUACAGACGCAAUCACAAUCCCCGCAAAAACUUUCAGGCUUGGUAAAUCUCAUUGCGUGUGGUAAAUGGAGAUAUUUGCAUUUUCCCCUCCCAGUAUUUAGGGAUUUCUGGCGGGUACGCCCCAUAUUGAUUAUUCAUCAGGGCAAAAGUACUAAAUGAACAGCGUGUGCUAUUUUGCUCAUUUGAGAGGCGCAGUCCUCUUUGCACGCUGUUAGUAGAUGAGCUUGCACAUUGGUCUGCGGGUGAUGUCAAGUUUGCACACGUUUUUACGCACGCAAACCUUUAGUAAAUCAGGCCCUUAGUGUGUAGAGGAAGCAUGUCUCAUUUCAUUAGAGAUAUCACUUAAAAUCUAAGAAUAACUAUAUAUUAGAAGAUAUAGUUAUUCAGAUAAAGCUUACCUUCACCUGCUGGUCAAAACACAGAUGCUGAUGACAGAGCUGUAGAGCUUAAGAGGUCAUGUGACUUUGCAAGAGAUGUAUAUUUUUCAAACCAAGUUGAACUCUCGGACAAUUUUUUUUUAUCAAGAACAGAUUUGUGAAAAGUAGAGCAGCAUAGAUGAGUUGAAACUACAUUUCUAGAAUAGGUAAAUAUUGAAGGGUACUAUAUCCCACCCUCCUCAGUGAUUGUGGACUCCCAUAUUCACCCAUUCAUGCUCCGUAUUAAUAGAGGAGCCAUGUUUCCUUAUUUUCUUACUGGAUAAAAGAUUGUCACAGGCAUACAGUGCAAUACUAAAUCACUAUCUCUCAAGUUAGUCACAUGACCCAGUAGAAAUGUGGUGGUGUAUUUCUCCAAAGUGACAACUCCUUUUUUUGUAUUCUCUUUCCAUCUUUUUUAACUGUGAGAAGCUUUAGUAUGAAAAGACUUGCAAAUUCUGUUUUUGUAGACACAAGCUAAUUAGAGCAUGGUAUGGCUAUAAAAAAAAUUGUCAUCAUUUCAAAAUGCCAUCAAAUACAUUCUGAGAUUUGCAAAACAUAGACUGUACUGUAGAGUCAUGUUAACUGCAAACUGGUUUCAUUUCAUCAUUUACAGGAUGCUGAGUUGAACAGCCUGAAGGAAGCGUAUCAAUAAUCCUGUUGUUCUGUAUACAAAACUCUGCAAAAUGGCAGUUACAGGACUGCAAGUUGCUGUUACAGAAUUAAGGAGGAAAGCUGUUUUUCUGUAUCUGACACCCUUUAUUAGAUCAGUUGUUCUGUCUUCUUAAGUCAUUAAACAAUAUCAUGCUUGUGUAAUGUCUCUUUUGAUUUGUGCAACUGUAAAUGAGCUUAAAACCAGUUACAAUCCAAGGUAAAGGUAUUUGUACACAGUGAUGGACUGGCGGCCUGUCCAGGAUAUACCCUGCCUGUGUAUAAAAGAUGGAAGGAUGAUGGGUAUUUUUACAGAAAAAAAAAGAUUUAAUUCCAGACAAUUUUCUUCACAAAAAUGAAAACUUCUACUUUUGUUAAUUACUCUAUGUUAAUUUGUAAAGAAAAUGGAUGGAUUAAAUAAAUAAAGUUACUCCUGAAGCAACCCUAUGCUCAUGUUUGUGGUAUGACAAUGAUUUGAGUUCCCUGUAGUUUAUCCCUUGUUGGAGGCCAGUUUUCUCAAAUUCAAGAAGCGAGGUGCCACAGACGUUCAGAAAAUCAAAAACAGACAUGACUUAAAGCUUAUAUACACCGCGAAG